UAAUUAACCCCUUCAGGUCAUCUCGUCCCCGCGGCGGCGCUCUUCCCCUCCACCGCUUCAGGCAGGUGGGUGGCCGCAACCAGAGCCGAGCUCGACUCGAGCCGAGGAGGAGGAGAGCUCGCAAGGCGGCGGCGACGAGGAGGAAACCCCCGGGAGGGAGGGAGGAAGGAAGCGAAGGCGGCGGCGGCGGCCGGGCAAUAUGGUGAAGGCGCGGAUGACGACGGCGGACGUGGCGGCGGAGGUCAAGUGCCUCCGCCGCCUCAUCGGCAUGCGCCUGGUCAACGUCUACGACAUCACGCCCAAGACGUAUCUUUUCAAGCUGAUGAACAGCAGUGGAAUUACCGAGUCAGGGGAAAGCGAGAAGGUUUUAUUGCUUAUGGAGAGCGGUGUCAGGUUCCACACCACCCAAUACGUCCGUGACAAGAGCACCACGCCUUCAGGUUUCACUCUGAAACUACGAAAGCACAUUCGUAACAAGAGACUUGAAGAUGUCCGUAUGCUCGGAUAUGACAGGAUUAUCGUUUUUCAAUUUGGGCUUUGCAGUAAUGCACAUUUUAUAAUUCUGGAGCUAUAUGCACAAGGAAACAUCCUUCUCACAGAUUCGGAAUACACAGUGAUGACACUACUCCGUUCUCACAGAGAUGACAACAAAGGAUUGGCCAUCAUGUCACGUCAUCGCUAUCCGGUAGAAGCUUGCCGUGUUUUUGAAAGGACUGACUUUGCAAAGUUGAAGGACAUGCUGACAAUGUCUGAUAAUUUUGAUGAUAAAGAACCUUCAGAAAUUACAUCUGUAUCAACUGAUGCUCAGGAACCUUCUCAAUCCGCUAAUGGUGGAGUGUCUGUAACCGACAUAUCUGAAAAACCACUGAGUAGGAAAGAAAAGAAGUCUGCUGCAAAAACUAAGCAGUCUGGUUCAAAUGCAAAAGCUAAUAAUGGUGCUCAAUCCAAUAAAGCUACUCUGAAGACAAUUCUUAGCGAGGCAUUGGCUUAUGGCCCUGCACUAGCAGAGCAUAUCAUAUUGGAUGCUGGGUUGGUUCCAAGUACAAAGGUCUGGAAAGAUCCAGAGAGCAGUAUUGAUGACAGCACUAUUCAGGCUCUCGUGGAAUCUAUUACAAGGUUUGAGGACUGGCUUGUAGAUAUUAUAUCUGGUCAAAGGAUUCCUGAGGGUUAUAUUCUCAUGCAGAAUAAGUUGGCUUCAAAGAAGAACCUCAUGCCCCCAAAAGGGUCUUCUACUAAUCAGAUAUAUGACGAGUAUUGCCCUAUUCUGCUGAAUCAAUUUAAGUCAAGGGAAUAUGAUGAAUUUGAGACAUUUGAUGCUGCACUGGACGAGUUCUAUAGCAAAAUAGAAAGUCAAAGGAUGAAUCAACAGCAGAAAGCAAAAGAAGAAUCGGCAGCUCAAAGGCUGAGUAAAAUAAAAUUGGAUCAGGAGAAUCGUGUACAUACAUUGAGGAAGGAAGUGGACCAUUGUGUGAGAAUGGCAGAACUAAUCGAGUACAAUUUAGAGGAUGUAGAUGCAGCAAUUUUAGCUGUCCGUGUUUCCCUUGCAAAUGAAAUGAGUUGGGAAGCUCUUACUCGCAUGAUUAAAGAAGAAAGAAAGGCUGGAAACCCAGUAGCUGGUCUUAUUGAUAAGCUAAAUUUUGAAAGAAAUUGCAUUACUCUACUCCUAAGCAACAAUCUUGAUGACAUGGAUGAGGAUGAGAAAACUGCGCCUGUGGAAACGGUUGAGGUUGAUAUAUCGCUUUCUGCACAUGCAAAUGCCAGACGGUGGUAUGAAAUGAAGAAGAAACAGGAAAGCAAACAAGAGAAGACUCUGACAGCUCAUGAGAAAGCAUUCAAAGCGGCUGAGAAGAAGACACGUCUUCAGCUUGCUCAGGAGAAAACUGUAGCUGCAAUCACUCAUAUGCGCAAAGUUCACUGGUUUGAGAAAUUCAAUUGGUUCAUCAGCAGUGAGAACUACCUGAUUAUCAGUGGCCGAGAUGCUCAACAAAAUGAGUUGAUCGUCAAGCGUUAUAUGUCUAAAGGAGAUCUGUAUGUGCAUGCCGAGUUACAUGGAGCUUCCAGUACCAUAAUAAAAAAUCACAAACCUGACACCCCAAUACCACCCUUAACACUAAACCAAGCGGGAUGCUUCACUGUUUGCCACAGCAAAGCAUGGGAUUCAAAAAUUGUUACAAGUGCUUGGUGGGUGUAUCCACAUCAAGUUAGCAAGACAGCUCCCGCUGGCGAGUACCUUACCGUUGGCAGUUUUAUGAUCCGUGGCAAGAAAAAUUUCCUCCCACCUCACCCUCUUGUUAUGGGCUUUGGUAUCCUCUUCCGUUUGGAUGAGAGCUCGCUGGCGUCUCAUCUAAAUGAAAGGAGGGUCAGGGGUGAAGAUGAGGCCCUUCAAGAAAUUGAAGCAGAGUCUCGCAAGAAGCAAAGUAACCCUGAAUCUGAUGAAGAAAUUUCUAGUGAAAAGGUUGCAAACAAGGAAACUCAUGAAGAUGAAUCAAACAGGGAAACUACAUACAUUCACCAAAAUAAUGAUCUUGAACUUCCUGAUCUGUCUACUAAUAUUGGUACUGCCAACUCGCCUGAACUGCUUUCUGAAACCCAAGCUGAGGAAAACUUAGACAAUGGAAAUUCCACUUCUAAGGAAGAAACAAUCAAUGCUUCUGUUUCGUCUCAACUUGAUGAUCUGCUAGAUAAGACUCUUGGCCUUGGCCCUGCCAAGGUGUCAGGUAAAAGCUCUUUGCUCACCAGCAGCCCUUCAAGUUUAACAGAAGACAAUGAUGAUCUUGAAGUGAAAAAACCAGCAGUAAGAGACAAACCAUACAUAUCUAAAGCAGAGAGAAGAAAAUUGAAGAAGGGCCAAUUUACUGGUGAAGCUGCUACUGAUUCCCCAAAUGGUGAAGCUGUAGAAACACAAGGUACUUCACAUCAAGAAAAAGGAAAGGCAAAUACAAAGGCUGCUGGUUCUAAAGUAAGUCAGCCAGAUAAUUCACAGCCAGAAAAGGGCAAGGGAAGCACAAAGGCUGCUAAUCCUAAAGUAGGUCGCGGACAGAAGGGCAAGCUUAAGAAGAUUAAAGAGAAGUAUGCAGAGCAGGAUGAAGAAGAAAGGGAAAUUCGUAUGGCAUUGCUUGCGUCAUCUGGUAAAGCUUUGCAAAAGGAGAAGCCUUCACAAGAUGGAGAUGGAACCACUGCUAAAGAAUCAAAACCAUCAGCUGGUGAAGAUGACUCAUCAAAAAUAUGUUAUAAAUGCAAAAAGUCUGGACAUCUUUCUCGCGAUUGCCCAGAAAGUACAUCCGAGGUGGAUCCAAAUGAUGUCAGCAUUAGUAGAAGUAGAGUUGGUACGGGUACCAGUACUGCUCCUGCUGGUGGCAACAGUGCCAUGGAUGAAGAUGAAGUUCAUGAGAUUGGCGAUGAAGAGAAAGAAAAGUUGAUUGAUUUGGAUUACUUAACUGGAAAUCCUCUACCAAGUGAUAUUUUGCUCUAUGCUGUACCUGUAUGUGCCCCUUACAACGCAUUGCAAACGUACAAAUAUCGUGUAAAGAUUACCCCGGGCACUGCAAAGAAAGGAAAAGCCGCCAAAACCGCUAUGAGCUUGUUCCUGCACAUUCCUGAUGCCACCAACCGUGAGAAGGAGCUAAUGAAGGCAUGCACAGACCCUGAACUGGUGGCUGCAAUUGUUGGAAACGCCAAGAUCACAGCACCGGGCCUCACUCAACUGAAGCAGAAACAGAAGCAGAAGGGGAAGAAGGCCGCUAAAGCGAACUAAUUUGGAAUCACCGUGACCAAAGAACUGAAGUUUUGAUCCAUCCCUGAUUAUUCAAGAGAAGCACUUUUUGUUUACAGAAAGGAUGUAAAUGUUGUGAUUUGUUACUUGAGGAACAUCUGGAGGUCGCAGAUAGAUACAUUUAGUCCUUGUAAAGUGUAGGCUCUUUUCCCAAACUUCACGUCUAUGAUACCAUGGCUAUCUGAGUGCCCUUUUGCUGUUUAUUUGGGAAACUUACGUUGACAGCCAAAAGAAAUCACAAAUUUCCUCUGAACGUCUUUUGCCCAAUAUUUUACUUGUGAUAUUUUGACAUGAAUUCGUACUUAAAUUGGUUCUAUCCUGUUUUCACUAGA